UCCAAUGAAUUAAAGGGGGGAGGCCAGGAACAGUCAGGCCGAGGAGGAAAGGGCUAGAUGAUGCUAAACCUCCUAUAGCCAGGAAAGGAGGCGGAGCUCUAUCUGACUGGCUGCAGCUUCUAAUGCACAUUAGGAAGCCAGGACAGGAGGAGCCGGUACAUCUGUGCAUAACAGAAGGGGAGGAGCCGGAACAUCUGUGCAAGACAGAAGGGGAGGAGCUGGAACGCCUGUGCAAGACAGAAGGGGAGGAGCCGGAACGCCUGUGCAAGACAGAAGGGGAGGAGCCGGUACGCCUGUGCAAGACUGAAGGGGAGGAGCCGGUACGCCUGUGCAAGACUGAAGGGGAGGAGCCGGUACGCCUGUGCAAGACUGAAGGGGAGGAGCUGGUACGCCUGUGCAAGACUGAAGGGGAGGAGCCGAUACGCCUGUGCAAGACUGAAGGGGAGGAGCCGGUACAACUGUGCAAGACUGAAGGGGAGGGAGUCGAUACACCUGUGCAAGAC